AGGAUGAGUGUCCAGACCCCACCCCGACUGCUGGACCUGGCGGGAACAAGCCUGCUGAGGGACGAGGACUCAGCCGUUUCUGCUCUGGAGUAUCUGCCCACGGAGCUCUUCCCACCACUGUUCAUGGAGGCCUUCCAAGGGAGACGCAUCGAGACCCUGAAGGCCAUGGUGCACGCCUGGCCCUUUGUCCGCCUGCCUCUGGGGGGCCUGAUAGACAUGCCUCAUGUGGGGCCCUUACAAGCAGUGCUGGAAGCCCUUGAUGUCCUGCUUGCCCAGAAGGUUCGCUCCAGGAGGUGCAAACUGCGGGUGCUGGAUCUACGGGAUACUGGCCAGAACUUCUGGAGGAUGUGGUCUGGAGCCAGCAUUCACGGGUGCUCAAGCUCAAGAAGGGCACCAGUGGCUGAGCACACAUCAAGGACACAGCAACACUUGGCUCCCUUGAAGGUUUUCAUAGACAUUUGCCUGAAGAAAAGGACCCUGGACAACUUCCUCACCUACCUCUUCUGGUGGGUGGAGCAGAGAAAAGAUUCCAUACACCUGUGCUGUAAGAAGCUGAAGAUCUUUGCAAUGCCCAUGGAAAACAUUAUGAAGGUCCUGAGCAUGGUGCAGCUGGACUGUAUCCAGGAGGUGCAAGUGAAUUGCGUUUGGCACCUGUCCACCCUGGCCACGUUUGCUCCUCUCCUGGGUGAGAUGAGUAAUUUGCAGAGCCUCAUUCUGUCCCCCAUUGUUGUGUCUGCCUUUGAGGAGCAGCAGCAGAAGCAGCAUGUUGUCCAAUUUACCUCUCAGUUCCCGAGGCUGGACCACCUCCAGGAUCUCCAUCUGGAAUCUCCCUCCUUCCUUGAAGGCUGCCUGGACCAGAUGCUCAGAUGCCUGAAGACUCCCUUGGACAACCUCUCAAUAACUAACUGUCAGCUUACAGAAUCAGACUUGACCCAUCUGUCCCAGUGCCCGAACAUCUGUCAGCUAAAAGGCCUGGAUCUGAGUGGCGUCACACUGACCGACUUUAGUCCUGAGCUCCUCCAAGUUCUCCUGGAGCAAGUUGCAGCCACCCUCCAGGAACUGAACUUAGAGCAGUGUGGGAUCGGUGACUUUCAACUUGAGUCCAUCCUGCCUGCCCUGAGCCACUGUUUCCAGCUAAGGACCUUCAGCCUGUGUGGGAACCUCCUCUCCAAGACCAUCAUGGAGAAGCUGCUGAGUCACACCGCUGGGCUGCCCCAUUUAAGUGAUGAGUUUUAUCCUGCCCCCAGGGAGAGUUACAGCCCUCAUGGGGCCCUCCACCUGGGCAGACUUGCCCAGCUUCGGGAUGGACUAAUUGAGAUCAUGAGGGACUUAGGACGUCCCAGGGCCAUCUGGCUUAGCUCCAGUCCAUGUCCUCACUGGAGCAAUAAGACAUUCUAUCAAGAGGAGCCCUUUCUAUACCUCUGCUAUACAUCUGGCUAG